AUGCAGAACACCAUCGUUCAAGACUCGGCGUUAACUCCGGUUGGGCCAGCCCCUCUAUCCUUUACCCAAGGCGAACGAAUCAAAUCCACCUAUCCCACUGUUACGGCCGCAUUCUAUCAUCAUGCAGAGACUCAUCCUGAUGUCACCGCAGGGCGUGACUUGUCGUCGCAGCAGAUUCGUGAGAUCACUUACGGUGAUCUUGCUACUCGAGCCAACCAGCUCUCAAGGAAACUGACCACACUCGGGGUCAAGCCUGGAGAUAGAGUGCCUCUCGUCGUGAAGCGAGGUAUUGACAUGCUGGUUGGUAUAGUUGCGAUUCUCUCUUGCGGUGCUCAGUACGUUCCUCUCGACGGCGGUGUGGUUCCAGACUCUACACUACGGUUUGUUUUGGAACAGGCGGGCGGCAAGCACGUUUUAUGUCUCAAGUCGACAAAGCAUCGAUUCGACACUCUCGGUGUUCCCUGCGAGAUCUUUGUCAUUGAUGAAGAUUCGGAGAAAGAUAAGGAGGUUUCGCAAUCCUACCCUAUCCAGGACCUGGCCCAACCAGACCAUGGCUGCUACGUCAUCUACACCUCGGGAACUACGGGCACUCCCAAAGGAGUGGAUGUCACCCACAAGAAUGUGACUAACCUCGUGUGCCUUUCACCUGGUGGCCUGGGUAUCUCACCUGGAACGCGGGUGGGUCAGGUGUUGAAUAUCAGCUUUGAUAUGGCUGCAUGGGAGAUGCUGGGAUGUCUCUGCAACGGAGGAACUCUCGUCUUGAGAGGCUCAAAGUGGGAGCCGUGUCUGAGAGAGACUCAAGUCCUGAUUUGUACACCAAGCAUCUUGGCCAAGUAUGAUCCUCGGGAGUACUCCAACAUCAGAGUUGCUGCGACGGCGGGUGAACCCAGCUCUCAGAGGCUCGCCGACCUCUGGGCCACUCACGCAACCUACUACAACUGCUGUGGACCUACGGAGACUACCAUUGUCAACACCAUGCAUCUUCACCGCCCGGGUGAAGCUCUGACAAUCGGAAAGCCUACACCAAACAACACCGUCUACGUUCUUGACGCGCAGGGCAACUCUCUAGGUGUUGGGGAAGCCGGAGUUAUGUGGGCUGGUGGCCACGGAAUCUCCCGGGGCUAUGUCUCUCUGCCCGAGAAGACUGCUGAGAGAUACAAGCUGGACCCUUUUGCUAAUGACGGAUCUAUGAUGUACAACACUGGUGACCUCGGUCGCUGGAGAUCGGACGGCUCAAUUGACAUCCUCGGAAGAGUCGAUGACCAGAUCAAGAUCAAAGGGUUCCGGGUUGAGCUUGACGGAGUUACCUCUUCAAUCAGCUCUUGUCCCAUCGUCUCAAAGGCCACCGCCUUGUUCAUCAGCAAUGAGAUCCACGGGUUUGUCGCACCCAAGGACUGCGAUCUCGACACGAUACAAGCCCACGUCAGGGCUCGUCAGCCUUACUACGCGAUCCCGACCAAGUUCCACUUUCUUGACGCCCUUCCUCUGACUGCAAAUGGCAAAGUCGACAAGCGUGCGCUUCAAGACAUGGUCACCGAGACUGGCAAUACCGACAAGAAGGAAGUCGCCGAUGUCACCAUCAGGGAGACCGCCUCAAAAGAGUCCCUGUCUACUGACAGCAACUCCACCACCACGGACCUCAAGGCCGAAUCCUCCGCCUCUAGCUUCACCGAGACAGACGAGAAGCUCGACCUCACCGGCGACAUCCCCGCAAAGAGCCUCGGCCGUCCCUACCGCGGCUUUGUUCACCGGAUCGCCAUCGUUUACCGCCGUCUCUUCACAAUCGUGGGUCUUUUCAACAUCGCGGCCGUCAUCGCACUCGUCUUUGCCGGGUUCCAGCGCAACUGGCUCAGCACUCUCACAGCCAUCAACCUGGUCGUCGCAGUCCUUGCCCGCCAGGACUUUGUCAUCAACGCGCUUUACACAAUCACCUGCAACGUGCCAAAGUCCUGGCCCCUCGCCAUCAGGAAGCGCUGCGCCAGGAUCUUCCACUUUGGCGGCGUUCACUCAGGCGCUGCUGUUUCUGCCGGAGCUUGGCUUUUGGCUUCCAACAUCAGCGAUGAGGUCUGCCAGCUGACAGAGUGCCCUAAUUGGGGCCACCAGUCUAUGGCUUCAAAGGUCGUGUCUUGGCUUCUUACGGGUUUGUUCACCAUCACUAUCGGUCUCGCUUGGCCUGGGUUCCGCAAGACCCAUCACGACCUCUUCGAGAAGACCCAUCGUUUCGUCGGAUGGACCAUGCUGGGGCUGUUCUGGGUCCAGGUUGUCCUCGGCGCGAACGACAGCAAGGUCGCAGAGAUGUCCCUGGGCGACGCAUGCAUUCGAACUCCCGGCUUCUGGAUGCUGGCGGUCGCCACGAUGAGCAUCGCCUCCUCUUGGUUGUUCCUCAAGAAAGUUCCUGUCGAAGCUGAGGUGCUUUCCGACCACGCAGUGAGAUUGCAUUUUGACUACACGGUCCCCGUCAACGGCAGCUUCGUCAGACUCUCUCAAAGGCCUCUUCUAGAAUGGCACUCGUUCGCCACGAUUCCGGCCCCUGAGAAGGUCGAGCAUCGCGAGAAGGGUUUCUCUUUGGUUGUUUCCAACGCUGGCGAUUGGACCAAAAAUUGCAUCCAGAAGCCCCCCACCCACAUAUGGGUUCGUGGUGUCCCGACCUGUGGUGUCAUGCGCAUCGCGACUUGCUUCAACCGCGUCGUGGUCAUUGCCACUGGAUCCGGCAUUGGGCCUCUUCUUGGCCACAUUCAACAGCCAAGCUGCGCGACGCAGUUGAUCUGGUCCACACCAAAGCCCGAGCAAACAUUUGGCAAGCCUUUGCUCGACGCCAUCAAGAAAAAGAUCCCCAACGCAGUGAUUCACGACACCAAGAUAUCGGGUCGUCCGGAUCUGGUGAAGAUGGGAUACAACCUUGUUCAGAGCUUCAACGCCGAAGCUGUCAUUAUCAUUGCGAACGAAAAGAUCACAAAGAAGGUUGUUUAUGGCCUUGAAACUAGAGGUGUUCCGGCUUAUGGCGCUAUUUGGGACUCUUGA